AGAGAGAGAGAGAGAGAGAGAGAGAGAGAGAGAGAGAGAGGGUCUUUCCCGCGGGAGUAGAGAGCGCCGAAAGGGAGACAAGAAGUUGAUGUUCUUGUUUGUUUGGUUGCAGGAGUUGAUGGGUGUGGAUGAGCGGGUGUUUGCGUGCAUGUACUGCGGUGCCUCGUUCCUCCACCAGAGCAAGCUGACGCGGCACAUCCUCUCGCACAGCCUCGAGUCGCUCAAGUACCGCGAGCAGGCGGCCCACCUGCAGCUGCAGGCUCAGCUGGGCCUCGAGCCCGGCAUGCACCUGCCGCCGGAGGCCCACUAUCCCGCCGCGGGUACGAUCGAGCCGAUGGACUUCGAGCUCGCGGCCCACUCGGACCCGACCUCCGGCGUCGUCCUCUGCAAGUUCUGCGGCAAGUCCUUCCCGGACGUCGGCUCGCUGAUCGCCCACCUACCGGCGCAUACCGGCGACCGGCCGUUCAAGUGCGAGUUCUGCGGCAAGGCGUUCAAGCUGCGCCACCACAUGAAGGACCACUGUCGCGUGCACACCGGCGAGCGGCCGUUCCGGUGUACGCUGUGCGGCAAGACCUUCUCGAGGUCGACGAUACUCAAGGCCCACGAAAAGACACAUUACCCCAAGUAUGUGCGCAAGUUCCUGUCCCCGAGCCCCGUGGACCCCUCCGAGGAAGAGGCUCCGCCGCCGCCACCACCGCAUCAUUGAGUUCGCCUUAGCCUCAGCAGAGAUCGCCGCGCCAUCAUCGGCGCCGAUGACAACGACGACGACGACAACGACGACGACGAGGACGACGACGAG